CAAAUGUGGUCUGCUUUGAGAAAUGACUACUAUGCCGCAUAAAGAGCAAAUGAUAUGGGAAGAGAGUGAUGUCCCUGAAGAUCUGUCCUUAGAGGAGAGAGACGAGCUGUCCAACAUACGGCGCAGGAAAAAAGAACUGCUUGAUGAUAUUGAGCGGCUGAAGUUUGAGAUCGCUGAAGUGAUGACAGAAAUCGAGCAGCUCACGUGUGUGGGUGAGAGCAAAACAACACAGAGAAACAAACAAAUUGCAAUGGGAAGAAAGAAAUUCAACAUGGACCCCAAAAAAGGGAUCCAGUUUCUGCUGGAGAACGACCUCCUGCAACAGACCCCUGAAGACAUCGCUCAGUUCCUCUAUAAAGGCGAAGGCUUGAACAAAACUGUUAUCGGGGAUUACUUGGGGGAACGGGAUGAAUUCAACAUCAAAGUGCUCCAGGCUUUCGUAGAGCUCCAUGAAUUUGCCGACCUCAACCUCGUUCAGGCUCUGAGGCAGUUUCUCUGGAGUUUCAGACUUCCUGGUGAGGCCCAGAAGAUCGACAGAAUGAUGGAAGCGUUUGCAUCCCGGUACUGCCAGUGCAACCCUGGAGUCUUUCAGUCCACAGACACAUGUUAUGUCCUGUCCUUUGCCAUUAUUAUGUUAAACACCAGUCUUCACAAUCCCAACGUCCGGGACAAACCCGCCGUAGAGCGUUUCAUCUCCAUGAACAGAGGCAUUAAUGAUGGAGGAGACCUGCCAGAGGAGCUGCUCCGGAACCUGUACGAGAGCAUCAAGAGCGAGCCCUUUAAAAUCCCUGAAGAUGAUGGCAACGACCUCACACACACGUUCUUCAACCCGGACCGAGAGGGCUGGCUGCUCAAGUUAGGAGGACGUGUAAAAACUUGGAAGAGAAGAUGGUUUAUUCUGACUGACAACUGCCUGUACUAUUUUGAGUACACAACAGACAAGGAACCACGUGGAAUUAUUCCUCUGGAGAACCUCAGCAUCAGAGAGGUGGAGGAGCCCCGGAAACCUAACUGCUUCGAGUUGUACAAUCCCAACCAUAAAGGGCAGGUGAUCAAGGCGUGUAAGACAGAGGCAGAUGGGAGGGUAGUGGAGGGAAACCACGUCGUCUACAGGAUAUCAGCACCCACACCAGAGGAGAAGGAGGAAUGGAUCAAAUCCAUUAAAGCGAGCAUCAGCCGGGACCCCUUCUAUGACAUGCUGGCCACCAGGAAGAGACGAAUCGCCAACAAGAAGUGAAAUCUGCAUCCAAACCGCUUCCCCAAAGCCUGCAACACACACUGCCUUCUGGGACAGCCGUUGUGCGAGUGUGUGUUUGACGGGCCCAGCAGCGGAAGAAUUCAUGUUUAUAGUUCCUUUCUUGUGUUUCUAUUCGUACAAAAACACAGCUGUCCUGCUCUGUUUGUAUUUGCAUGGAUGUUGGUGUGAAAACCUGGACCUCGGAAAACCUGGAAAACCUCACUCGAGAG